CUUAACAACUUCAGCUUGUUCAUUUGCUUUCAAAGAAAUGGAAGUUCAAAUCAUUUCUAAAGAUAUUGUCAAACCCUCUUCUUCAACACACCCAAGUACCUACAACCUCUCUAUUCUUGACCAAUUAGCUCCUUCACUUUACGUGCCCAUGAUUUUCUUCUAUUCAUCAACCGGUGAAAGUUCCUGCAAGAAAUCUCAUCACCUCAAAACAUCCUUGUCAAAGACAUUAACCCACUUCUAUCCUUUCGCCGGACGAAUUAAGGAUGGUUUUUCUAUUGACUGCAAUGAUGAAGGUGCUUCAUUUUCUGAAGCAAAUGUAGCUGGACAAAUGUCCCUGAUAGUUGACGAACCCGACAUAGAUAAGUUGGAAAAGCUACUACCUUGUAACCCACGUGAUGUAUCACCUGAGAGAAGCUCUCAGGUAAUGGUAGCAGUCCAAGUGAAUCACUUUGAUUGCGGUGGAAUGGCAGUGGGUGUUUGUAUUUGGCAUGUAAUUGCUGAUAUAUCAGCAGUGGCGUCCUUUCUUAAAAGUUGGGCUGCAAUUGGCAGGGGUUCCGGUGACGAUAUUGAAGGUGUGAUCUUCGAUUGCACCUCGCUUUUUCCUCCGCUAGACUUUCAAGGUUUGUCGUUGUCUGAUUCCCGCAAAGAGGAUUUAAGUAACAUUGUGGUGAAAAGGUUCGUGUUCGAUAGCUCUAAGUUGGCUGUUCUGAGAGAAGAAAUAGGCAGUAGACCGUGUUUGGAUCCUCCGACACGAUUUGAGGCUAUAGCAGCGCUCAUUUGGAGGGCUGUGAUGGUUGAAAUUGAAGAAGAAAAUGAAAAUGAAACUAAAACUAACGAGACAAGCAUUGCAGCCGUUCCAGUGGGUAUGCGAAAAAGAAUGAUUCCACAGCUACCAAAGCUAUCAAUUGGAAACAUCUAUGAAGCAGCAAUAGCUCGUUGUUCCAAGAAUGAUGAGGAACUGCCAGACUAUAAUGGUUUAGCAAGAAAGCUUCAUGAGUCAAUUGGGAAGGUAAAUAAUGACCAUGUGAAAAAGAUCCAUAGUGAUGGUGGAUACAUGCAGCUUCUGAGGAAAAUAGGCGAGGAGUUAGAGAAAAAACCUAGCUUUGUUUUCAGUAGUUGGUGCAAAAAUCAAUUCUAUGAGGUUGAUUUUGGGUGGGGAACGCCCACAUGGGUAGGCACCGCCUUAAAACUUUAUAAGAUUGCCGUUUUCAUGGACACCAAAGAUGGUGAAGGAAUAGAAGUAUGGGUGUCCUUGCCUAUGAAAGAUAUGAUGAAGUUUGAACAAAAUCCUGGAAUAAGUGCCUAUUCAUCUUUCAAGCCAAGCACUAAUUAAAUAAAUAGUAUUAUGUAUAUAUAUUUUUAAAGAAUUUGAUCAGCGUGUUGUUUCUGCUCUACAAGUCAUGAGACUAUCUAUCUGUGUGUAAUAAUUAAGGAUGUCUCGUAGAAACACACAACCACAAAGUGUCUAUGACACAACAAAAUAUUUAGAUGCUUGAUCUCUGUAUUGAGUAGGUUAUCGUGCUUGGAAAGAGCUGGUUAUGUGGAGGUGUAUUGUUAAUUAUGCUUACUCUUUAAUGAAGUAGAACAUUUUCUUAGCA